UAACGACGACAACAACACCAAUAACGACGACAACAACACCACCAACGACAACACCACAAAUAACAACAACACCAAUAACAACGACAACACCAAUAAUGACGACAACUAAAGCACCACCAACACCACCAACGAUGACACCACCAAUAACGACAUCUAUAAAUUCGUCAAUGGAUUCCAACUCAUCAACCACAUCAUCUCAAACUGAAAACGGCACGACGGCCAUUUUCUGCAUCUUCAUCACCACCAUCAUCAUCCACGGCGACCUCUGACACUGCCAAUACGAUCGUCACCCACAUAACUGACCAAUCGACAACCACCGUAGCCGCCACCAGCAUCUCUACCACCAGAACUGGUUCCACAACCAGCAAAAUGGCCUCAGAACCACCAAGCUCAACUGGCGCCCCCACCAGCAGGCCUGAUGCUGCCCCCACCAGCAGUCCUGAUGCUGCCCCCACCAGCAGGCCUGAUACUGCCCCCACCAGCAGUCCUGAUGCUGCCCCCACCAGCCCUGAUGCUGCCCCCACCAGCAGUCCGCCGCCGCAUCAGGGGCAAGACGAGUCAAAGGCUCUGAGCCCAGGUAGCGUCUUCAUUAUCGUGGCUGUUUUCCUGCUGCUGGUUCUGCUGGUGCUGGGAUGUUUAUACCACCACAAGUUCAGACGGACGUCGUACGGCCCCCUGCUGGACGGCCAUGAACACGGCUCUUUAGGAAACUUCACCAACCCCAUGUAUGACCCCUGAUGACCCCGGGUCCAGCGACGCAUCCUGCACUCUGAGCCGUUCGAAGACGUCAGAAACGUCAGACUAUCAACGUCUCUGCUAUAGAAACACUGGUUGAAUGGCAUUUUUUGGAGUUAAGAACAUUUUUUAAAGUUUUUGCACUGAAAGUUGAAGUAGGAAUUAUGAGCUGCAUGAAAAAGGCCGAAAAGAACAAAAACUAAUUAUUUUCAGAUGGGAAUUUAAAUUAUAUUUACAUAAAUAUUGACAAUUUUCUUUCCAAUCCUUGCAGCUACAUGAGUUACUUUAAGUAAAACUGUGAGAUAAAAAAGAAAUGAACAAAGAAAUUAUUAGUUAAAUUUAGUUUUUAGUGAAAGUAUUUAUUUCCCAGUGAAUUGUGUUUAGUAAUAGUGACCAUUUUAAAAAUCAAACUAAGAAUUUGUAUCAUUUGCAGCAUUUUUGUGGUUUUCAAAUGAAUAGAUGAAUUACUUCAUUCAUGUUUAAGUUAAUUCUAAUUCUGUGAUUUUGUUUGUUUUUAGUUGUUUUCUGUAUUUACAGCAGUUUGUUUUGUAAUUUUAACUAAUGUUGCUGAUUUGUGUGAAGAAUAAUUAUGUUUUGAUUGUGUGAAUUGUUCAACUAAAAAUAGUGAUUAAAUCAAUAAUGUGGAAAAGUUUAUUUUUCUUUUGAAGCGGUGAAUUAAAACAGUUUCAUAAUCAGAAUUC